AUGUUGUUUUUCCCUUUUAUUGCAAAUGAAGAUACUAGAACUGGUUUCUGUGGCCCAGAAAAGCCAUUCCCCGUGCAGCCUGCAGAGUGCUUAAGCAUAAAUGGUGUGGGCUCAGUCAAGUCAAAUAUUACACCAUUUGGAGCGGAUCAGGUCAAAGACCGAGGCCCAGAAGCUACACGCAGAUUCUUUAACUGGUUUUAUUGGUGCAUAAACCUGGGAGCCAUUCUGUCUCUGGGAUGCGUGGCCUACAUACAGCAGAACCUGAGCUUUGAGGCUGGAUACAUUAUUCCCACAGUGUGUUUGGGAAUUUCUUUUAUCGUUUUCCUAUUUGGCCGUACUGUGUUUAUCACCAAACCUGCUGAUGGGAGUGCCUUCUCAAAUAUGUUCAAGAUACUGGGCUUUGCCUGCUGUUCUCAAAAGCCUAAAGAGACAAACCUGCUUCGUAACAAGCCUUCAUUACUGGACAGUGCCAAAGUGAGUUAUGGAGGGAAAUUUCCUGAGGAAAAAGUUGAAGAAGUCAAAGCGCUGAUGAAAAUUCUUCCAGUUUUCUUUGCUCUCAUCCCAUACUGGACAGUAUACUUCCAGAUGCAGACCACUUACAUCCUGCAGAGCCUCCAUCUCAGGAUUCCUUAUAUUUCUUCUCCCAACAACACUGCAGACUCAAAUAAGAUCCUAUUCCGCUUCCCUGCGGCCUGGCUCACCAUGUUUGAUGCAGUGCUGAUCCUGCUGUUGAUCCCUCUGAAGGACAGAGUGGUGGACCCCAUACUGAAGCGCAGAGGCCUCCUGCCCUCCUCGCUCAAGAGGAUCGCUGUGGGAAUGUUCUUUGUCAUGUGGUCUGCUGUGGCGGCUGGAAUUUUGGAAACCAAGCGACUGGAUAUUGUCAAGACAAAUGGCACCAUUGAUCAGGAGUUUGGAGAUGUGACUUACUUUGCUGCAUAUUUGCCGAUAUGGUGGCAAGUGCCCCAAUAUGUCCUCAUUGGGAUCAGCGAAGUCUUUGCAAGUAUUGCAGGCUUGGAGUUUGCCUACUCUGCUGCCCCCAAGUCCAUGCAGAGUGCCAUCAUGGGGCUGUUCUUCUUCUUCUCUGGGAUCGGCUCAUUUGUGGGUUCUGGGCUUCUGGCCAUUGUCUCCCUGCCACAGAUUGGAUGGAUGUCAUCACACAAAGACUUUGGUAAUAUUAACGACUGUUCCCUCCACUACUACUUCUUCCUGCUGGCGGGGAUCCAGGGCCUGACUCUGUUGGUUUUUCUUAUCAUUUCGGUCAAAUACGAACGGCACAGAAGCCGCGGCGGGAGCAGACCACACAUUCUGUCAUGA